CGUAUUCAGUCAGUGAAGCGUUAAGGAGUACAACGACAUCUGUCAGCAGGAUGCAUAACUCGACCUGGGCCCAGCUCUACAUGUACAGCCGUGUGAUAAUGAAGACAUUUGAAAAUACAGGUAUCCCUUAUGUCGCCUUCCUCCUCUGUCUCAUCAAUCCAUGUUUGUCAACUGACGCCAACAAAUAUUUGACAAUCCAAGGGAGAGGCCGGCUUGUGGAGGCCUUGCUUGAAGGAAACGGGGACUACGCCGACUGUGCUGUCUUCGGGGACAGGCACGCGGUUGCAAAUAUUUUAAAGGACGUCUCAGCAGAAAAGAUUGUCGAGGUCAGUAAAAGUGACCUUGACCUAUAUAUUGAGAAAUGUCACAACUUUCACCUGACCUUGAACGACAGUCCCCUGAGAAAAAAGAGAUUCGCCGCCAUUUACCCAGGAACCAAGUGGUGCGGCGUUGGCAACAUCUCCAGUCACUCCGCCGAGCUCGGGGUUCACAACUACACCGACGCCUGCUGCCGUCAGCACGACUACUGCCCAGACUACAUACUUCCGUUCACGUCGAAAUAUGGCCUGUAUAACUUCGCCCUGUACACCAGGUUUGACUGUGACUGUGACGAGGAGCUGUACCAGUGUCUCAAGGCGUCUCGGGACGAUGCAGCUGAAAAUGUAGGCAAGAUAUUCUUUAAUCUGCUGAGCAUCAAGUGCAUGACGUAUGGACAUCCCCAAAAGUGUAUUCAAAGGUGGUGGUUCAUCUGUUUGAAGUACGGCGAAGACACUUCAAGGCUCGUCCGAAAGUUCGCCAACAGUCCCCACUUUUGAUGCUGUCCCCUGGUCGGCGUUCAAAAAUGUUUUUCUAUGUUAUUUUGUAAAAUAAAACGUUGAACAAAUAUAAAACAGUA